CUGGAUAUAGCGCGCGAUACUUAGCUACGUUGUAUAAGUUGUGUUACAUUUCGAUAUUUGCCAAAGUGUGGUGAUCAUUCGUUAUAAUUGUACGAUCGAACGCACGGAAAAGAUUUCCGUGUUAGAGGUCUAUUGAUAUUUAAAAGGAUACCGAAAUCAAAACAUUUAUCAAGAUGACGAUCAUUACAAAGGCCAUUACUGAGAAGAAGGAACAACCGUUGUUUAUUGCGGAGAAUUCAGCGGAAAAUGGUAAACGGGAUGCAGAGGCACAAUGCUUGAAGUCCGAUGUGGGAGGUCAUUAUUUUGUUUCUCGGAGAAGCAUUUAUCGCAUUCAUGUGACCGCAACAUUUUUACUGUUUCUCGUUGCAUUGAUGAUACUGAUAAUUGGAGUCAUAGGUGGAUUAUACAUAUACAGACAAUAUGCUAGAACACAAAUGCACAGAUUUAAAACUGGAUGGUACAGCAUUCCUUAUGACAAAUCAAGCAAAAUACCUUAUACCAAAGAUGCAGUACACGAAGGCUUGGUAGCAGAUCCUAAUUUAAUUAUACAAGAUUUGAGAAGAGCUACAGAACAAGAAGCUAUGGAUAUUAUGAAAAAUAUUGACUCUGGUUUGAUUAUAAAAGGUGCGAGGAGAACUACAGGUCAGAAAGCUACGGAUAUCGCGAAAAAUGUAGAUAACAACAAUAGCUUCUUCAAGGAACGAUUUGAGAUCGAUUUGGAAAAUGAGCACUAUGAGAAAAUUGAUGUGCCAGAUUUCCGUGGCGGACGUCAAGGUCGAUUUGUACAUGAUUUUAACAUUAAUAAAACUGGCAUAAUUGAUAUUGAUGGGCAAUGUUGCUUUGUGAUGCCGCUCGAUCGUCAAGCAGUUUUACCACCGCGCAAUAUGUAUGAUCUUCUCAGAAAAAUGUAUAAUGGUUAUUACGAAGUAGACACAGAGAUUGUGCGUAAAACAAUGAAAGUGGUUACUCCACCAAUCUCUGAUUUAUCAGUUGUUGGGACAUAUAUAGCUCGUGAAUGUCAGAAUUUACCAACAUAUAUGUUGACAAAAGUAAAUUCAAAUGUUGUUAAACGUAGCAUAUCAAAUGGAGUAUUUGGACAAUUUGCAGGAAAAAAUAUCAUAGAAUUUGACAUUUUGAACUUAGAAGAUAUAAAUGCAUAUAACAAGAAAAGUCCACAAAAUUGAACAGAAGGAAUUUAUAAUUAUUUUAGAAUAUUUACCGUUGUAGAUCAAUGUAAAAAUUAUAUCCAAUCCAGCAAACUUAGGUAAUUUCUUUGUAAAUUGCUACAAAUCAUAUUGCCACCAACUUCAUUUUUUUUAAAUCCAUGAAGAACUACUUAUUUUUAAAUAUACAUUCACUUUCAGGACGUUCAUUAAGUCUUCCCAUCAUUUCCUAUCUUAGCUCCAAAUCAGUAAUGCUAUAAUAAAAAUACGCUAUGUUAGUUAUUGUACAUCUGUUUAACAUUUUAUGAGAGUUUAAUUCAGUAGCAUGCUGAUUAUAAAUGGCUGAUGCGGUUGCAGAACUAUUACAUUUUUACAUAAACGUGUGUCAAGUACAUAUCCAACUUAAGUAACAGUGAAAUGUCAGUGGUGCUUAUUUAUAAGGUAGAACUACAUUUAUUUACUUUUUAUGCUUAAAUUCUUUGUUGAACGGUUCUAGUAAAAUGAUAGAGAUAAUUCAUAUUAAAAUUGUUGUACACUUAAUACAUAGUCAUACAAUCGAAUGACUAAUAAUUGUACAAACUAGCACGUUAUUUUAUAAAUCGUAUACUGAUCCUAUAAAUCACGGAUUUAAAUGUUUUUAUGAAAAAUAAUUUACACUUUCACCCGUUUAUGAACAGUUGUAGUUUAAGAACUAAUUAGAAUACGUUUAAACGAUAUUUGUUCUUUCGUUAGAUAAUAAUAAAUGUGUUGCAGAAACACGUGUUCUAUAACACGUAUUCUGAAAGAAGUUUAGCAGUAAAAUAUGUAUUGAAAAUGAUGAAAUAUGAAUAAUAAAGUUACUGUGACCAGGUCAAUAGUAUGAAGAUUACAAA